CGCUCCCAGCCCGGUCCCGCUGCCGGCCCGCCCGGCCCGGCCAUGCCGAUCCGCUUCGCCCCGCUGCGCCUCCCGCUGCGGCGCCGGCUGCAGACCGCCGCGGUCCUGCAAUGGGUCUUCUCCUUCCUGGCGCUGGCCCAGUGCUGCCUGGCACUGUUCCUGCUGGCGCUGCUGGGGGAGCUCUGGCUGCCCGCCCUGCUCUACGCCGCCUGGCUCUACCUGGACCGGGAGACCCCGGCCCGCGGGGGGCGCCGCUCGCCCUGGGUGCGCCGCUGGGCCGUCUGGAGGCACUUCCGCGACUACUUCCCCAUCACGCUGGUGAAGACGGCGCCCCUGGACCCCUCCCGCAAUUACCUCUUCGGGUUCCACCCCCACGGGGUGCUGGUGGCCGGCGCCUUCGGGAACUUCUGCACCGAGGCCACCGGGUUCGGGGAGCUGUUCCCGGGGCUCACCCCCCACCUGCUCAUGCUGCCCUUCUGGUUCCGCCUGCCCCUCUUCCGCGACUACAUCAUGAGCGGGGGUCUGGUCUCCUCGGACAAGGCCAGCAUCUCCUAUCUCCUGGGCCAGGAGGGCGGGGGGCAGGUGGCUGUGAUCGCAGUGGGGGGCCCCCCUGAGUCGCUGGAAGCCCGGCCCGGGGCACUGACCCUCCAGAUCCUCAGCCGCAAGGGGUUCAUCAAGGCAGCCCUGCAGCAUGGCGCCGCCCUGGUGCCCGUGUUCUCCUUCGGGGAGAACGAGCUGUUCCACCAGGUGCCGAACCCCCGGGGCUCGCUGGUGCGGGCCGUCCAGGAGCGGCUGCAGAAGCUCAUGGGCCUGGCGCUGCCCCUGUUCCACGCCCGCGGCGUCUUCCAGUACAGCUUCGGCCUGCUGCCCUUCCGCCGCCCCAUCCACACCGUGGUGGGGGCGCCCAUCCCGGUGCCCCGGACGCCCUGCCCGUCCCGCCAGGCCGUCGACCGGCUCCACGCCACCUACCUGGAGCGGCUCAUCGCGCUCUUCGAGGAGCACAAGACCAAGUACGGGGUCCCCCCGGAGAAGCACCUCAACCUCAUCUAGGGGCGCUGCCCCCCAGCGCCUGCCGCCGCGCGCCGGGGCCCUGAUGUGGGGGUGGGGAGCAGGGGGGGGGGCUGCUCUGCUGGGGGGGGCAGUUCUUAUGGGUUCUCCCCGUGGGGAGCCCUCGGGGGCUCAUUUUGCUUCCCCCUACAGGGGGAACUGGGAGGAACCCCAACCCCCACUUUUGCCCCAGGGUCUGGCUGCCCAUCAGCAGGGGUGUGGGGGGUGCUGCCAGCCUGGCUCUGAGUCAGGGGGUGUGUGGGGGGGGGCAGAGACUGCCCUUUCCCCUGCACCUCCCCCACUCCCGCCCCCCGGUUUUGCCUCACUGCAAUAGGGGUUGUGCAACGGUGGCUGUGGGUCCCAGGGCUGUCUGGGCAGCAUCUGCCCCCCCGGCCUGCUGCCAGCCCCCCCCCCAGUUACUGGGCCAGACUGUAACUCCAGCCCCACGGGGCCUGCAAUAAACCACCUUCCUGUGCAA